AUGACCUUCUGCUUCGUUCUAUUUCCGGUACAGCGAGUUUGUGCACUCAAGGGAGACUACUACGUUGAUGGCGGCGGUCUGGCUAGCCACUACAGAACUGCUGAGUUCCACUUCCACUGGGGCGGUGACAGCUCACAGGGAUCGGAGCACGCCAUUAACGGGAUGAAGUAUCCUCUGGAAAUGCACGUCGUCAACUACGCUGAAAAGUACGGCAACCUGUCCGAGGCUAUGAAACAUCCAGACGGACUAGCAGUGCUUGGGGUUUUCUUCAAGGUGUCGGAGCGGGAUAAUCCCAGUCUACAACCGAUUAUGUCUGCUCUGAGGAACAUCAUCCACUAUGGUAGCUAUGAGGUGGUCAACAACUGUUCAGUACGGGCCUUACUACCCAAAGACCUGGCGUCCUUCUACCGGUACGAGGGCAGCUUGACCACUCCACCCUGCCAUGAGAGUGUGUUGUGGACAGUGUUCACCGAGGUUCAGGAGGUGUCCGAGAGACAGGCUCGAAGUAUAACGGACCAGCCCGGGGGUGGUGUGGCUGUUCACUACAACAAGGCCCCGACCCGAAAUCGCUGGACCCCAAGCAACCACGGAUACGUGAGACCAAUCCAGCCUCCUUCCAGCUCUCGGGUCGUCUACCAACGACCGCCGCCAUCUUACCACUUCCGCUACCCAACGCCGUUGCAGCGACCUCCUCAAACGGUGUACCUCAACACUGCUCCCAAACCUGUGCGCGUCCAGAAACCCUACUUCUACAACUUCUAUUUCAACCGGAACAGCCCUGCACCGUCACGGUACUCCAUGUCCCCAGGGGGCUUUGGGGGAUUAGACUUUGGGGCUCUGGGGGAGCUGAAGAAACGGCGCAGGCGCAGUCAUCAAAACAUAUGGCCCGAAUGCAAGCGCUAA